AUGAAGAGUCUCUCUUGUAUUGCAGUUCUAUUUCUCUUGGCUUUGACACUUCCAUUAGCCAUUGCUUCUGAUCCAAGCCCCCUUCAAGAUUUCUGCGUUGGCGUCAAUUCACCAGCAAGUGGAGUGUUUGUGAAUGGAAAGUUCUGCAAGGAUCCAAGGAUCGUUAACGCAGAUGACUUCUUUUCAUCGGUACUCAACAGACCUGGAAAUGUAAGUAACGCUGUUGGGUCCAAUGUGACAACCGUCAAUGUUGACAACCUUGGAGGAUUGAACACCCUUGGAAUCUCACUUGUUCGUAUAGACUAUGCACCCAACGGUCAGAACCCACCUCACACUCACCCACGUGCCACUGAAAUCUUGGUUGUCCAACAAGGAACCUUGCUUGUAGGGUUUGUCUCUUCAAACCAAGAUGGAAACCGUCUUUUCGCCAAAACGCUCAAUGUUGGUGAUGUAUUUGUGUUUCCAGAAGGACUCAUCCAUUUCCAGUUCAACCUAGGACGAACUCCAGCGGUUGCAAUCGCUGCGUUGAGCAGCCAAAACGCAGGUGUUAUCACGAUUGCUAACACAGUGUUUGGGUCUAACCCAGCUAUAGACCCGAAUGUUCUUGCAAGGGCAUUCCAGAUGGAUGCUAAUGUCAUCAGGGAUUUACAAAAUAGGUUCUAAUAAAAUAAGAAAUGUCGUACAUGGAAUUGCUUUAUAUUACGU